AUGUAUGCAAUGUUAUUAGUGUCUUUCACGUUGCUGCCGUGCAGCCGUGUGCUCGAUGUAGCAUCAGACACCCAAGUAUUGGUCGAUCCUUCCCAUGCGGCCGAACGAUUCGAUGGAAUUGGAGGAUUGAGCGCUGGCGCUUCGAGUCGUCUGCUCUACGAAUACCCCGAACCGACACGAUCACAACUACUAGAUUUGCUGUUCCUGCCCAAUUUAGGUGCAGCAUUUCAUAUUCUGAAGAUAGAAAUAGGAGGAGACGUACAAUCGACUUGGGGCACCGAGCCAUCUCACAUGCACUCGAGAGAUGACGAGAACUAUGAUAGAGGAUACGAGUGGUGGUUGGUGAAGGAAGCGAAAAAACGAAAUCCGAACAUCAUCAUCUCUGCUCUUGCGUGGGGUGAGCCCCAUUGGGUUGGUAAUGGCAGCUUUCUGUCUGCAGAAGGAGUAGAUUAUCACGUCAAGUUUAUACAAGGAGCCAAAAAGUAUCAUAAUAUUACUGUAGAUUAUGUAGGAAUAUGGAAUGAAGACGAGUGGGAUCCUUCGUACAUUAAACUUCUUCGCAGUAAGCUGGACGAGAACGAUCUGCAGCACGUCAAGAUUGUGGCCACCGACGGAAAUUGGGACAUUGCGACGGCCAUGGCCAACGAUUCACAUCUCAACGACAGUGUAGACGUCGUCGGCAUUCACUCUCCGUGUAGCAAAACACCGUCCGUCGCUUUCACGUUACAUAAGACGUUGUGGAAGAGCGAAGAGCAACCGGUCAACAGUGCCCCACCGGCAUGGACGUCUGCCCUCGGUUGGAUUGAAAAGAUAAACAAAAACUACGCCGUAUGUCGAUUUACGGCCACCAUCAUAUGUCCUCUUAUUACAUCUUGGAUGCAAAACUUCCUUCGCGUCAAUCACGGUCUGAUAUCGGCUCGUCAUCCUUACUCAGGAUUUUAUGAAAUUCGUCGCGGGUUGAUGGUGACCGCUCACGUCACUCACUUUGUUCAACCGGGAUGGCUCUACUUGCCUCCUACGUCAUCAAUCCACGGAAAACAAGUCGGCAGUGGUCUGUUGAAGGGAGGAGGUUCUUAUGUUACUCUGGUACCGAACGCGACUACAGACGAGUUUGUGAUCAUUAUGGAAACCGGACGGUCCACACAGAUUCAAAACGUAGAAUUCUAUUUUCCUCGGAUCAGUCGCCUAAUGUUCGUCGACGUGUGGGAAAGUAACGGGACGAUGGAAUUUGUUUCUAUGCCCAUCACUGAAAUUGCGGGUGGCACGUUUGUGUACACUCUCUUCCCCGAUUCUAUCUACACAUUUACUAACACUAAACCGGUACCCGCUCAAUCUCCAUCUCCUUACAACCGUUCCUCUAUUCCUCUUCCCGCCCCUCUACCCUUCUUGCCGUACCGCGACGACUUCGAAAGCGAUCGUACUGUUAACGAACCAGCAAAGCUGCUGUCUGAUUAUUUCGGCACAUUUCAAAUAUUUGCGAGCAGCUCGCAGCAAACAGAAACGGUACGAUCUGUAAAUCAGGUCGUUCGUCAGUGGUCGCCUGCGGCACCGGGGGAUAACGCGUGGAAGACACGCAAUGGAGAACCGAUCACCUACUUUUAUGGCAACUACAUGAAUUACAGAGUUCAGUGCGACGUUCUUAUCGAAUCUACUAAUACUAGUACCCCUGCGGGGAGACCCGUAUGCGGUGCGGUUCGUGUGUGCGGGAGGGCGGAUUUAUUCGAUCACGAACAACCGGUCGGUCAAUAUGCAGGCGGCGUGUGUCUCACAGUCGAUUGUAAAGGAAAGUGGACGGUGAGCAGUAAGAGCACGAAGAUUGGAGGAGACGGAAAUGUUUUGAGAACGGGAAACGUCAGCAAAUUUGGUUCAGACGAAUGGCACACACUGGCUGUCGAUUUGUACGACUACAAAGCGACGGCGUCGAUAGACAACGUGACGGUAGCGAGUGACGUCUCUAUCGAUUAUUACACGAAUGGUCUCGCUGGUAUCGGAUCAGGAUGGAAUUUUGCUCAGUUUGAUAACUUGGUGAUAUCGACGGUACGAGAGCAGAAUAAUUCAUCGUUUCUACUUUCUCUACUACCGGAUGCAGGAUCGUAUGAGGAGAGAAGUGGAUGGUUAGGAAUGGUACUGAACAUGUCCAAGACAAUUACGGUAACAGCCCUGGGCAGAUAUUAUUGUCCUGCCAACAAGGAAGUUCAUCAAAUGCAGAUAUUCGACGGCGCUACCAAUGGGGCUAUGUUGAAAGAUCCCGUACUCGUCACCAUGUCCGAAGGAUUCGCCGACGUGCUGGGAUUCAAGUAUGGCAAGAUACAACUUGGCCAAAGCCUUUCCCUAUUAUCUGGACGUGUUUAUUACGUCGUGUCUAAUGAAACGAGAGGAGGAGACGUUUGGUUUCAAACCAUUCAUUCUGGUCACGAGUCUACAGGAGACGCUUACAAGUUGAAAACUCUAAUGGAUUCGCGCGUGGAUGUAGCUAGGGUGAUUGGGAGAGUGGAGAACAGCGACAAGACAGACAGAAGAUGGAAUGUGACAUUGGAGCACAACACCGCAUACGGGCCUCUUAAUCUUUUAUACGACAUUGUCUAGACUCUAGACAUUGCUCUUCUACAUGAUGAAAGGACCUGGUUAGACUCAGUAGACGAAGAAGCACACGUAUUACGUACUAGUAGGUCUAUUUCAAUAGUUGAGUUCUAGUGUAGUAUGAGGAACAAGAAGCUGCACUAGAAUGACCUGUUUGUAUAACUUGUCGAUUGCAGUUAACAACUAAUUAAUUAAUAUUAAUGUGAAAUUUGUUAUUUAUAAAUUUACCAAAUUAGGUUUAAGUCAAUUAUUU